GACUUCAACAAAGGUUCGAUGGUAUUUAUCCCGAAAGGCUCCCACCAAGAAGAUGUGAACAGCUCCUGGCGUGCCCCCGAUGAUGUUUGCCCGAUAACAUUGAGUAACACGGAUGCAGAGAUCUUAGGCUCGGCGCUGAACAAGGCCAUCUCCGACCAGUGCGAAUUAGGCGCCAGUGAGGCCCAGAACGGCUUCGUCCGCACGCGCCAGAUGUCUGGCAACACUUUGAAGCUCGAGUGCAACAUGCUGCGAUAUGGCAUCUUGCAGUGUAUCAAGAGCGCCGGCUCCGUCCUCCUGGAUGUGAAGGCGGCCUUCCCGAGUUUACUGCACUUCUGGAUCGAGUUCGUGUUGGGGUGCCCGAUGUCAGGAAGUAUUUUCGCCCUUUGUCUCAACCCAGUGCUGCGCCAGAUUCAGGGCAGACUGCCGAGCCCUCAGCACUCGCUGAGCGCCUUCGCCGACGACAUGGCCUUCUUCUCGCAGGACUUGCACAGAGCCCUGCCAGUGCUGAUGCGUAUUCUGAUGCGGGCAUCACUGGUCACAGGCCUCGUGAUGAACCUUGCCAAGCGCGUCAUAGUCUUCUAUAGGCAGGAGAUCGACCGUGAGGAGGAGUUGAGGAGAUUCCAGGACCAGGGAAUUCGCGCUCGGAAGUUUGCUAUUCAGAACUGGGGCAAGUAUUUAGGCAUUCAUCUGGGCCACAGAAGUAUCGUGCGCUCCUGGACUAGUCCGAUCGCCAAGUAUCUCGAGCGCUGCCGUUUCAUCCGCUCUCUCGCUGGAGGCCUCCAUCAGGCCAUUAUGCCUUAUAAUUCCAUCGCCAACUCCGUCCUCAUGUUCGUCGCCUCUUUCUUUGCUCCCCCAAAAGCAGCUACUGGCGCCGAGAGGGGCGGCCAUCAGAUCUUGACAGCAUGCCCAAGAUAUGCUAUCCCGAAUGCGGUCCUGUUCCAGUUUAAGAAUAUCUUCAGCAACAGCUGGAGUGUUCGAUCCUUGCGGCACGAAGGACGAGCUGCACUCUACAGGAACGCCGCAAGGUCUCCGAUCUUCGUGGACUAUGAAUUGGAGCUGGAGGAGGUACUGGAGGG